UCCAGUGGCAAUCGAAAGCCCGGGCUUGCGAUAUAGACCAAAAAAAACACAUCUUAAUUCUUUUAAUUCCUGGAGAUACCAAAAAUUACUAAUAAAUAACUUAACUUAAAUUUUAAAGUGAUGUGUGUUGCCUAAAACUAAAAGUUAAACCUCAAAAUAUUUUUGAUUUUCGGCUGUGUUGGAGCAUGUUAGAGGCUGAGGUUGUGGUUAUGAAAUGUUGAUGAAAAUAUUAAGGACAGCUGUGAAUGUACCACUGUUAAGAUCAAGACACACUUACAAUUCAUCAAAAAUGGACAAAGUCUAUCUCCGAUUGAUACCAGAAACUGAGCAGUUUGAUAUUACAUUCCAGUACAGAAAUGCUGAUAAGAGAGUGGAUAGACAAUUCAAUUUCUGCAGAAAACUGAGUGAAAGUGUUGGCACCUUUUUAGGCAGAGUCACCACCAAUUUGGAAAAAGCUUUGAACAAAAAGAAAAGCAACAAGAAGAAAGAUGAUGCUGCUGUUGAAAGCAAUAUUCCCAUUGUUGUAUCUUUGAUGUUGAAUGGGAAUGAAGUGUGCCAGGAGGUAGAAUGCAGAUCAGUGUUCCAGGAAGAUAACAGAGUUGUUUUCAAACUGUUUGAUGUCAACUAUGAUGUGAUCAUAAAUUCUCCAUUUGUCAAUAGGUUGGCUUUGCCACAAUCAACCCUUGCUAAUUUCAUAGUAUACCCAUCAGCAUUUGAAACAACUUACACAGAUAAAGCAUUAACUUCCUUUGAGUGGUACAAAUCAUCAGAUAAGAAAGAGUGGAUUAAAGUUGGAGAAGGUUUUACAUAUGAACCAACAAAUAAUGAAAUAGACCACUUUUUGAAAUUGAAAUGCACACCAAGAAAUGAAAAACAUGAAGGGCUUACUGUUGAAGCACUCAUGGGUUCAACAGUUAGUGCAAGUCCUGGCACAUGUCCAUUUGAAACCAGACAUAUGUUCACCAAGGAAAGAACAAUAAACAAUGAAUUUCGCGUGGUAUCCUAUAAUAUAUUGGCAGAUCUCUAUUGUGAUUCAGAUUUCACGCGGACUGUGCUGCAUCCUUACUGCCCGGCAUACGCCUUGACCUUGGAUUAUCGUAAGCAACUGGUUAUGAAGGAGUUGAUUGGCUACAACGCGGAUAUUAUAUGUCUUCAGGAAGUUGACACGAAAGUGUGCAAUUACGAUUUGAGACCAUUAUUUGGUUCUUUGGGUUAUACAGUCCAUUUUACACGUAAAGGCGGUGAUGUAAAUGAGGGGCUUGCAUGCAUUUACAAUGAGCGGAAGUUCAGAUUAGUUAAGGAGAAUGGUGUUAUAUUGAGCAAAGUUCUUAAGGUUAGUGCUGUUCUAUCGGAUAUUUUGGCAUGCGCUUCGAGCAAGUCAAAUUUGUUGGAGCGCCUCUCCGAGCGACAAAAUGCAUUUCAGGUGACGGUAUUGGAAAGUGUAGAGACCGGUAAUUUACUGGUAGUCGGAAACACGCACCUCUACUUUCAUCCAGAUGCUGAUCAUAUAAGGCUUUUACAAGCAGGAAUGUGCAUACGAUUACUGGAGGAGACUAUGAAGGAAUUAUCGGAUAAAUACAGUGACAAAUUGAUAAGCACUAUUUUCUGCGGUGAUUUCAACAGCGUGCCAGAAUGUGGUAUAUUCAAGUUGUAUACGACCGGUUCAGUUGGGUCCGAUUGCGUGGAUUGGCGCAGCAAUGAGAAUGAGGCGAUUUCCGGUUUUUCGUUAGAGCAACCGAUGAAGUUCGGGAGUGCUUGCGGUACGCCCAAGUACACGAACUAUACUUCCGGUUUUGCAGACUGCCUCGACUACAUCUUCUACGAUACCGAUAAGUUGGACGUUACGCAGGUGGUGCCGUUACCAAGUAACGAAGAGCUGAUGGCUAACACUGCUUUGCCGAGCAUCGUUUUCCCGUCUGACCACCUAGCUCAAGUUGCAGAUUUGAAGUGGAUUGCUUGCAAUUAAAUGAAGUUCUACCUAAUAUCUAUAUUUUAAGUUUUCUUUUUGGAUUGGUU